AGCAGGUUUGUGAGCGCAGAAGCCGGAGAAGGAAUCGGAGUGAGAGAAACAGUGUGGCUGCAGUGAGGAAGGAGAGACACAUACAGAGAGAGGACAGAGAGACAGAGAGAACGGCCUCAGCUUUUUGCUGACCCAUGAAAGAAGCCAUGCCGGUCCUCUCAGCAGGCACAGGCCUGCACGAGACUCUGGCCCUUCUGACGUCCCAGCUGCGUCCUGAUGCCAACCACAAGGAGGACAUGGUCUUCCUCAAAGACGUCUUCAGUGAGAAGAGCCUGGGCUACCUCAUGAAGAUCCAUGAGAGGCUGAGACAGUACGAGCGCCAGAGUCCUACACCUGUCCUUCACAGUGCCGCCUCCUUGGCUGAGGAUGUGGCAGAGGAGCUGCAGAGUGGACCAAUGAGUGUUGAGGAGAAGGAACUCCUACAGCUGUUGACGUCCCCCCAUCUCAAGGCCGUUUUGUCAGUUCAUGACACGGUUGCCCAGAAGAACUUUGACCCCGUGUUGCCACCGCUGCCUGACGACUUCGAGGACGAGCUGGAGGAGGAGUCAGUGAAGAUUGUCAGACUGGUCAAGAACAAGGAACCACUGGGGGCCACCAUCAGACGGGAUGAGACCACAGGGUCUGUGAUCGUGGCACGCAUCAUGAGGGGCGGGGCUGCAGACCGGAGUGGACUGGUCCAUGUAGGAGACGAGCUGCGGGAGGUCAACGGCAUCUCCAUCAUUCACAAGAGACCUGAUGAGAUCAGUCAGCUUCUGUCCCAGUCUCAGGGCUCCAUCACCCUGAAGAUAAUCCCAGCCGUUAAGGAGGAGGACCGCCUGAAGGAGAGCAAGGUCUACAUGAGGGCCCUGUUUGACUACAUCCCUGCUGAUGACAAGGCCACGCCCUGUCAGGAGGCGGGACUUCCCUUCAAGCGAGGUGACAUCCUGCAGGUGGUAACUCAGGACGACCCCACCUGGUGGCAGGCCAAACGGGUGGGCGACAGCAACCUCCGGGCUGGACUCAUACCCUCCAAACUCUUCCAGGAGAGACGGCUGGCUUACCGGAUAAAAACGGGCACACUUCCGAACCCUAAAUCCCCUAAAAAUCCUACCUAUGACCAAGGAUGUGACAAAGAGGACUGUGAUUGUGAGGGCUAUUUCAAUGGACAGUACAUAGUCUCUCCUAAGUGUAAAGCAGUGGCGCCCUCCUGUGGCCAGGUGUUUUCCUGGGAAUUUUAUUCAGCGGGUCUGAGGAGGAGUUUCCGUCUGAGCCGAAAGGACCGGUCAGGAUCCCUCGGAGGAGGGGCCACCUCCGACCCCACCGACCCAGACUUUGCCACCUACGAGGAGGUGACUCGCUACCAGCACCGGCCCAACGAGAGACCCCGCCUGGUGGUCCUGAUCGGCUCCCUUGGAGCUCGUAUCAAUGAGCUGAAACAGAAGGUGAUCGCAGAGAACCCCCAUCGCUAUGCUGUGGCCGUACCGCAUACCACCAGGCCCAAGAAGCCUCAUGAGAAGGAGGGGGUGGAGUACCACUUUGUCACCAAACAGGCGUUUGACGCAGACACUCUGAGCAACAAGUUCAUAGAGCAUGGGGAGUACAAGGAGAACCAGUAUGGCACCAGCAUAGAGGCUAUCCGCUCUGUACAGGCCAAGAACAAGAUGUGCCUAGUGGACGUGCAACCAGAGGCUCUGAAGACACUGCGGACAUCUGAGUUCAAGCCCUAUGUCAUCUUCGUCAAGCCGCGUGUCCCGGAGAGCAGACGCCGUCGUAGUGCUGCCACUUCACCAGCAGGGGGAGAUCAUGGGCGAGUGACGGAUGAGGACCUGCAGGAAAUGCGUCAGUCAGCCCAGCAGAUGGACCAGCGGUAUGGCCACCUGGUCGACCGGGUCCUAAUCAAGGAGGACUCAGCCAGCGCCUGCACAGAACUCCGAGGCAUUCUGGAGAGGCUGGAGCGUGAGACCUUCUGGGUACCCCUCUGCUGGGUGCGGACCUAACCCCGCUCUCCCCAACCACCACCCUCCAGAGAGGGGGAUCACAGCCCCCCAGCCCUUCCUCCAGCAGGACCCCUACCCUUUUCUGAUCUCCUGGACCCCUUGGUUAGCCUGUAGGGUGUGGAAGAUACUGCCCCAAACCCUGGCCUGAUAUCGGGCCAGCAACACACUGGCACUAGGGGAGAAGGGCAUGCGGCAAAACCCUUUGGAACAUUUCUGUGUUUGGGAUGUUCAAAGGGAAAGAUUGUUGUUCUGGCUAUAAAACAUAACACACACACAAUCCAUUGUUCAAAUUCAUGUUUUUUUAUUUUAUUAUUUAUGUCAGUCAGUCAGACAGACAAACACAGACAUCUUUAUUGUGGAUCCAUGUGAAAUGCCAUCCGUAGCUUCCUUUGGCCCGCAGUGUCUAGUACUUGAGUUUCCCAUUAAUAUAAUAAUACAGUAUAGCACAAAAGUGAGUACACCCCUCAAAAGUUAGUACACCCCUAAGUGAAAAUGUCCAAAUUGGGCCCAAUUAGCCAUUUUCCCUCCCCGGUGUCAUGUGACUCAUUAGUGUUACAAGGUCUCAGGUGUGAAUGGGGAGCAGGUGUGUUAAACUUGAUGUCAUCGCUCUCACACUCCCUCAUACUGACUGGUCACUGGAAGUUCAACAUGGCACCUCCUGGCAAAGAACUGUCUGAGGAUCUGAAAUUAUUUUUUGUUGCUCUACAUAAAGAUGGCCUGGGCUAUAAGAAGAUUGCCAAGACCCUGAAACUGAGCUGCAGCACGGUGGCCAAGACCAUACAGCGGUUUAACUGGACAGGUUCCACUCAGAACAGGCCUCGCCAUGGUCGACCAAAGAAGUUGAGUGCACGUGCUCAGCGUCAUAUCCAGAGGUUGUCUUUGGGAAAUAGACGUAUGAGUGCUGCAAGUGUAACAGUAUACUUUUUUUAAACCGUCCCCUCGCCCAUACCCGGGCGCGAACCAGGGAACUUCUGCACACAACGACAACAUUCACCCUCGAAGCAUCGUUACCCAUCGCUCCACAAGAGCCGCGGCCCUUGCAGAGCAAGGGGAACUACUACUUCAAGGUCUCAGAGCGAGUGACGUAACCGAUUGAAACGCUAUUUAGCGCACACCACUAACUAAGCUAGCCGUUUCACAUCCGUUACACAAGCAUUGCUGCAGAGGUUGAAGGGGUGGGGGGGUCAGCCUGUCAGUGCUCAGACCAUAUGCCGUACACUGCAUCAAAUUGGUCUGCAUGGCUAUCGUCCCAGAAGGAAGCCUCUUCUAAAGAUGAUGCACAAGAAAGCCCGCAAACAGUUUGCCGAAGACAAGCAGACUAAGAACCAUGUCCUGUGGUCUGAUGAGACCAAGAUAAACGUAUUUGGUUCAGAUGGUGUCAAGCGUGUGUGGCGGCAACCAGGUGAGGAGUACAAAGACAAGUGUGUCUUGCCUACAGUCAAGCAUGGUGGUGGGAGUGUCAUGGUCUGGGGCUGCAUGAGUGCUGCCGGCACUGGGGAGUUACAGUUCAUUGAGGGAACCAUGAAUGCCAACAUGUACUGUGACAUACUGAAGCAGAGCAUGAUCCCCUCCCUUCGGAGACUGGGCCGCAGGGCAGUAUUCCAACACGUUAACGACCCCAAACACACCUCCAAGACGACCACUGCCUUGCUAAAGAAGCUGAGGGUAAAGGUGAUGAACUGGCCAAGCAUGUCUCCAGACCUAAACCCUAUUGAGCAUCUGUGGGGCAUCCUCAAACGGAAGGUGGAGGAGUGCAAGGUCUCUAACAUCCACCAGCUCCGUGAUGUCGUCAUGGAGGAGUGGAAGAGGACUCCAGUGGCAAUCUGUGAAGCUCUGGUGAACUCCAUGCCCAAGAGGGUUAAGGCAGUGCUGGAAAAUGGUGGCGGCCACACACAAUAUUGACACUUUGGGCCCAAUUUGGACAUUUGGACAAUUUUAACUUAAGAGUGUAUUCACUUUUGUUGCCAGCAGUUUAGACAUUAAUGGCUGUGUGUUGAGUUAUUGAGGGAACAGCUAAUUUACACUGUUAUACAAGCUGUACACUCACUACUUUACAGUGUAGCAAAGUGUCAAUUCUUCAUGAAAAGAUAUUCAAAUAUUUACAAAUAUGUGAGGGGUGUACUCACUUGUGAUAUACUGUAUAUGCCAUUUAUCACACGCUUUUAUCCAAAGCGACUUAGUCAAAAAACUCAUACAGGAGUCCUGCAGGGAAUCCUACACAAUUUCUUCAAAGACAUGACUGUUUUGUAAGGUUUCCUCACCUAUUUCCGUGGCUCGUUGAUACAAUGCAUUCUGAGUGAGGCCUAGUCAUUGUUAUGUUGUUGAAAUGUUAUCCAAAAGCCAAUCCACCUGCUUCCAUUAUACCUGGAGAAUGAGUAGAAAUGCAUACAUAGUACAAAAAGUAAACAACACACUCUGUCAAUAGCACAGUAGGAUAGAUGUAAUGAUAAAAUAAAUAUAUUAUUUUAUAAUGCUAUUUGAUCAAUUAUUUUAUUUGGACGUGUUUUAAGGACGCGUACGACAACUUAAUUAUUUAAAUCGAAGAUGUAAAUAUUCUACAUGCAAAUCCGUACCGUGCCAACGAACGAUCUCGCAGCACUUCAAUGCAACCUGUUGAACUUUGACCCUAAGUGUCUAAUCCUCAGUGUGAAUUACUUCGGUUCUGGGACUCUGGAUGUGUGGAUGUCAUGUACACACACACACACACACACACACACAAGUGCACUAAAAUAUGCUAUGCUCCUUUUUGUGUUCAUAGGAAUGCACUUUGUAUUGCUGACAUCAGUCACGUUUAAGACACAGGUGCAGUGUGGGUAAUAGGGUUUUGAGGAGGGGGGGUGUUCUAUGGUCCAUCUUGAUCAUCAGGGUCCUAAAUUGUUCUGGGAUAUGGACACCUCCAAGUGUGAUUGCGGGUUCAUGAGAAAUGCGCACAGAUGUGACGUGUUUCUUUGCCGUUAUCUUGGUGUUUACAGAGACAAUGUUAAAAGACAUUUCAAGGUUACAAGGUAAUACACAAAAAAAGCAAUGACUCGCGCCAGUCAAAGUGUCGUUACUUGACUAAAGCGAUCAGAGCCGUUUGGCGAAACUCCACCUGUUCUCAGUCGGUAUAUUGGCUCUGUCGUUCUGGUGAUCUUUUACUUGAGGCAUCAAAGCUCUGCAUUCUCUCUCACUUUGGGUGGCUGUAUGGACUUCAAGUCUUGUUUCAUGGUGGAGAACUGAUACACUAAUCAACAGGAGCUUCCAGAUCCUCCUUUUUCUCAUCCUGUUCUCUUUUUAACAUGCAGUGUGUUCUUGAUCUUUUCCUGUGCUGUGUAAACCAAGAACUCCAGAAUGUUGACUUUGUAACGUGACGUGUAUAAAGUGCCAUUGUAAAACCAGAUGAA